AGCAUCAUUUAUCGUCGGCCAGCGACGACGAUCGUUUUAUGGCGUCAACGUGGUGAACACCUCCCCACCCAACCCCUCUGUUUCACCUGUUUUUUGUUACAAUAUUUAUUUUACUUUUUUGGCAAAACAAAUCAGUGCAAAAAACCUUUUUGUCAAAACGUGUGCGUGUGUUUUCUGUUUCUCAUCGCCGUUACUGCUUCUCCGUUUUUCGGGGGGUACUUCGAUAAAAUUCCAAAGUGAACAGCGAUUCGGUGACUUUUGUGCGAACCUCAUUAAAGCGCAAUUAAAAAGUACCAAAAGCAAACCAAAGCAAUGCCAAAAUGGCAAAAGAAAUAACUAACGGUAAAAACGGACAAAAAGAGGAGCUCAAGUCCCAAAUUGCGGCACCCAUUCCAUAUCCAAAAUCGGUGGCCUUCAUCAUCAGUAAUGAGUUUUGCGAGCGAUUCAAUUAUUAUGGCAUGCGAACCAUUCUGGUGUUGUAUCUCACAAACAAGCUGGGCUACAAUGAGGAGACCGCAACGGUGUUAUUCCACACGUUUACCAUGCUGGUUUAUAUCUUUCCCCUGAUCGGAGCUCUUAUCGCCGAUGGCUGGCUGGGAAAAUAUAAGACCAUACUAUAUCUAUCGCUGGUCUACAGCUUGGGAGCCAUGGUGGUGUCCUUUGGUGCCAUUCCACUCAUGGGAAUGCCAACCAAAGCGGUAACCGUGGUGGGUCUCCUGCUAAUCGCGAUCGGAACUGGUGGGAUCAAACCCUGUGUUUCGGCAUUUGGUGGCGAUCAGUUCUCACUGCCCGAUCAAACUCUCCAGCUGGCCAAGUUCUUCUCGCUGUUCUAUUUUGCCAUUAAUGCAGGAUCUCUGAUCUCGACCACAUUUACACCGAUCCUGAGGGCAGAUGUCCAUUGCUUUGGCGAUCAGGACUGUUUCUCGUUGGCUUUUGGAGUACCUGCCGUCCUGAUGAUCAUCUCGGUGCUGAUCUUUAUAGCCGGCAAGCGAUUGUAUAAAUGUCAGCCACCAGCUGGCAAUAUGAUCUUUGGCGUGUCGCGUUGCAUUGCCGAUUCAUUUAAGGGUUGGAAGAAGCGAAGGCACUCGGAGCCGAUGGAGAGCUUCCUGGACUAUGCCAAACCGACGGUGGGUGCCAAAUUGGUGCGGGAGACCAAGUGCUUGGGUAGGAUUCUACGGCUUUUCCUACCAUUCCCGGUCUUUUGGGCCCUUUUCGAUCAACAAGGCUCACGCUGGACAUUUCAAGCCACCCGGAUGGACGGUAUAGUGUGGGGCUAUCAGAUUAAACCGGAUCAAAUGCAGGUGGUUAACCCCUUACUCAUCCUGGGAUUUCUGCCACUUUUUGACUAUAUAAUUUACCCGAUUCUGCGACGCUGCGGCAUAAGGAGACCUCUACAGAAGCUGACCAUUGGACUGCUCCUUGCUGCUUUGGGUUUCUUUCUGUCGGCGGGUCUCGAAAUGAAGAUGGAGCAGGCCGCCUAUGGAGCGACGCCCACGGAACCAGAAACGGCUCAUCUGCGAAUAUACAAUGGCAUGACCUGUCGUUAUGAGUUUACAAGUGAUGUCACUAGCAAGAUGGAAACUCCACGCUUUAUAGAACCACUGGGAAUGUGGGAGGAUCUGUCGAUCCGUGUGCCUAAGUCCAAGGAAUACGCUUUUAAAGCACAGUCAGUAGUCGGAAAGUGUCCUGCCGUCACAGGAAAGUUACGUUUGCAGCCGGGCAAAUCCAUGGGUUACUUCCUCACCAAGGACAAAAUGGUGGCGUUUGCCGAUGGCCGAUUAGAAAUAGACGCAAGUGAUAGUGGUCACACGUUUGUGCGGGCUUUACUAAAUACGCCAGAAAGCGAGGGACCUGUCAUUCUAUCGACUGAGUCAACUGGAACCCCGGAGUCGCCGAUCUCGCUGGACAACCGUAAUAUGUCGCAGCUGUACAGGAUUCAACCUGGAUUCUCCCAAAUAAACAUCAACGGCAAUAAGGUUGGCAGCUUCGAGGCCAAAGGAGGUGGACUAUAUAGCCUUCUAGUGUCUGGAACUACAAACGAUGGCUACCAGUACAAUUUGGUCGAGGUAUUGCCCCCCAGUGCCGUGUCCAUUCUCUGGCAACUACCCCAAAUUGUCGUCAUGACCGCGGCCGAAGUGAUGUUCUCGGUCACGGGACUAGAGUUUUCCUAUUCCCAAUCGCCGCCCAGCAUGAAAAGCGUCCUGCAGGCUUGCUGGCUUCUAUCGGUGGCCGUUGGCAACAUGAUCGUCGUGGUGAUUGCUGAGUUCAAGUUCACUAGCUCACAGUCCGGGGAGUUCACACUGUUCGCCUGUCUGAUGAUGAUAGACAUGCUCAUCUUUUUGUGGCUGGCCCGCAGCUAUCAGUAUAAAGAUCAAUUAGAGGACUUCGAGGAUGACGAUGAUGCUACAAACAAGGAUUUUAUGCAGUCAAAGCCACGGGCAGUAACAACUGUAGAAACUCCACAGAGAAGAAUCUGCGACUUGGAGGCCGAACCUGGUUACGGGGCCUAUCGGAAUCACGCCUACGAUAACGAUUUUUCGGAGGCCUAAGUGUCAGUACUUAAUAAUCAAACUCCCCUAUCCAUAAUACCUCGUCGUCGCCCGCAUUCGCAUAUAGACGGUUAGUCAAGUCUCUUAUUUAUUUUAUUUGUUCGCAUUUAUUAUUAUUUUCGCCUGUAAAUACGUAUGAGUGUUGUGUAGAUGCAUAUCUUUUACCCAAUUGUUUUGUAAAUACAUUUUAUACGUUUUAUUAUACAUAGAUGGUUCGUUAAAUUAUAUUUUUGGUCAGUAACAGUUAAUCAAAAGAAUCAAAUGUUAGUACCUCAGCGUUUGAAUUUUAAUUUUUAUCUAACAUAUUCUGUAAAUGUAAAGCAGUCACUGUUAGUUAACAGGAUUUUAGUUAAGGCGUGUUGCCACCUCGCGGGAAAAAGGUACAGUGGUGGCCUGCAUGUAGUGCGCACUAUCCGAUAGAACACCUUAAUUUUAUGUUUAAAAUUACAUUUUGUGUGAAAUGUUAAAUGAUCCGUUAAAUUUAACUAUUUAAAUAAGUUGUGAAUUGUGUUUGUAAGUCAAAUUUUAAUUAAUAGUUAGUAAUUUCUAUCGCAAACUAGGGAUACAUUGGUCAAAAAGUUUGCUAAUACCAGAAAUCAGGGGCGUAGUUUAAAUGAAUUAGCAUCCCCUUCGGCUUCGGACAAGUGGCAUCCCCAAUUGCCGUCGUUUUUUCGCCGACAAGCAUUAAAUGCGUAGUCGUUAAAGUUGUAGUUACAGUGCCACUCCUUAGAACUUUAAUUUAAACAAAGGAAAAUUAAUUUAAAAUACAAAACCCAGUCAGCUAGUUAGUAAAAAUGUGGCUCCAACGAAAGUGAUCUGCUAAAUUGCAUAAGUCGGGUUAUUUUACCAAGUAGAAAGCGGCGUGAUAAUGAAAAUUCAUGAAACAGCAUUGCCAGCAUUGCAGAAAAUUCCAAAGAAGAAGCCAUUUAGAAUGCAAGCCUAAGCACAUGAGAAAAACGCCUGCAGCUGCUGCAUAUCAAAAACCAGACCGUAGCCUUGAGGAUUACGAACAAUAGAACCCCUGGGAACCGAACCCAAAUGGCUUAUAGGGGUUGGGACUGGACUCAGGUAGGCCAGAAAACCGAAAAACCCAGGAAACCGAACCUACAUUCUUGCCUUCGUCGUUAAAUCGAAAAUCAGUCGUCGGCGGCAUGGCCUAGUGUAAACAUCAGUAAGAAACUCUUCUCGAAAGAGUUCAAAGUGUAUAUUCCUUUUUUUUUGUUUUUUUUUUUAAAGUGACAAUUUUUUUAAGGUGAAAUCAGCUACUGCAGCCAAAUAGACCCAACGCAACUGGACUAUGAUGUCUUCCAUCGGGCAGUGACAACUACUGGGCCUCCCCAGCCCCACAUUAAAACUCCGGCUUCUCUAUAAAUAUGAGUGACCAGUAACAUAGCUUCAAGUCCAGUAACCGCCCCAUAGAGCCAUCAACCUAUAAAGUACCCAAAAGAAAUUCUCAAAUUCUAAAAGAUUCUCCACCUGAGCUGCAAUUCUUUCGGGUGGCGUCUUUGAGGCAACAAUAAGAUGCGGCUGCAUUGAAGAACGUGAGUGUGAUGCGAGUGGUGUAACAUGUGCGGCGUCAAGCGGAGUGGAUGAUUCCAUAUAAACCUAACCUUGCAGUCUUAAAUAGUCCCUAUGGCCCAUAAAAAAAGGAGAAGAAUUACUUCCCUUGAAAGAAAAGAAACGAAAAACGCUUGCGAUGGAAAAGUUUGACCGGUACGAAAGAGCAAAGAAAAUCCCCAGAGCGUUCGCUUGGCGCCACUUACGUUCCGAAAAGACGCGUACGCAUACCUCUAUUGGUCGUAAGUGGCGGUACGCGAAUGCGAGCGAGAUAACAAUACUGUAGACAAGGAGAGACGGCUCCCUCUCUCUAUCUCGCUCUGUCGUGCUGGCCAGGCGUUUGCAUCGCAAGCGGCUAAGCGAGACGGCUAUAGGGCGGAUUGCAAGGCCCGAAAGAGAGCAGUGAAGCAAUAUAAACCCCUAUAAGCAUUAAAUUACGCUUCGAAAGAUGCGUAUAACACGUGGGCAUCCCUCGGCGAGAACAAAGCUCAAACCUCACUCACGAGCAGCAUUUCGUUCUGAAAAGGCCAGCCAAAUCUGGUGGAAUUACUCAUCCAGGAGCGUAGAAUCGCAAUAAAUCAGUCGAUAACUGCAUGGGCAGGUAUAUUAAUGUAACAAAGACGCAUGAAAGCAAGAGCUUAGCGCUCUUUUAAAGCAUUAUAAAGUGUCAUCGUAACGUUCAACUUCACAGUCCAUAAAAAUCCAUUUCUGGUCCUUGCAAAACGAUAUUGUAUUGGCCUACAUUUGUAGUUAUCACUGUCCUAGGAACUCAUCAGACUUAAGAGAGAUAAUACGGACGGCUAUUAGUUAGUUUAGGGACCAGUUAAAUUAGGAGCCAUGCCGCCAUUUAAUUCAAUUAUCAAAGCCAUGAAGCUUCGCCCAGAAGAAACUGCCGCUGCAUAGGUUCUUAAAGUGCAAAAAAAAGCUAAACAGGAUCCCCACUGGCUAAGGGAUAUAUAACUUAUAAACACUUAAAAAUAAAACACUGUUCAAAAACUCAAGCUAGGCAAAAAACGAAGUCAUCAAAUCAGCCACAAUUUAAUAACAACUCAAGAAUAAGUCGAGUUUGUAAAAACCAAUGUUAAACCAUUAGACUUGUGGCUAGGAAUCUCCUCAAAAGUGCCAUUUUAAUUUUGUAUUUUGGUUCACAACUAACCAAAUAUUUGCUUACAGCCAAUUAAUCAGUUUAUUAGCUGAAAAAGCCCUUAAAUUAACUGCCAGGAGGUGAGUUUUUGUCUUCGAUCCUUGGAAAACGUCAAGUAGGUUGCCCAACUAGAGGAGACAGGCAAGGUAAAGCCUGUAUAAAAAACCUGUAACAAAAAAAAAGGAUAAAAAAAGAAUACAAUACAAAUGCUAUACAAGCUAGCUAAUCAUAAGUUAAGCGAAAAAAAAACAAAACCGUUUAAAAGGUUCAUAAAACGCUCAUAAAAUGGAGCGCUUCGUGACCAAAAAAAAAAAAACAAGGUACAAUAAAGCGAAUUAAUUGCUGAUCAAUCGUUCGACCAGCAGUUGAUUUAAAAAUGUAUACAAAUAUUCGCUGAACUUAGGAAAAUUGCUUGCUAAAAAAAAAUAUUAAAUUCCUUCUACUGGGCACCGACAAAACGUUUCCACCUGGGAAUUAAGCAAAAGCUGAAAUGUUAUUGGCCUUGAUUAUUAAUGUAUUUCUAUGCUGUGUUCUUUCAGAUGAGUUUUGAAGAGAGACGAAACUUGGAGCCUCGCGGAGCCAAAGUUUUCAAUUUCUUUUCUUUUAAAUUGCUAAUAUUCGAGGCGAUUUCCAGCACUUUCUUAAAGAUUUGUCUUAAACAUCUGCUGGCUUAUUCUUGAGUUUAACUUCCCAUUUAAAAGUCAUCUUCAUUCCGUUUUUGACAUGCUUGAGCUGAAAAUUGCGCAGAGUCCUUUCUUAUGGUCAGUUGAACCAUUUUCAUGCCCAAUAUCCUGCAGUUAAGGGAAUACUAUUGCAGCAUUUGUCACCGUUGAAUUUGAUAUGCAAGCAGGUUUAAAUAGAGCCUAUGAAAUCCAGUCCCUCCCCAAUCGUGGCCAUAGCCAGGAAGCUCCGCCAAAUACAAGAGAAGAUUAUACUAAUAACAUUGUGCUUACUUUCAGAUCAUCCUUGGAGGAGAAUAUUUUUGUUUUUGUGUGUUUUUUCAGUUUUUUUUUUCUGUCUAAUCUACUCUUGUCAAUUGUGCUCCCACACCCAAUUCUCCCAUUGUUCCAUUUAUACAUUUGUGUAAUACCCUGUCAUUUCUCAAAAACCAAUUACAUCCUUCACAUGAUUCCGAAACCAAUUUAGAUCCGAAAUUACCAAAGAUAAACUAAAUCACAUUUCGUGUUUCGGCGAACGAGUCAAAAGCAUGUUUUGAAACGUUUUCCGAAACAGAAUAAAAAAUGAAUUGCGUAGAACGACAACAAUGAACGGUAUUGAAAGCAAGCGCUUUGGACACGGUUCAAAAUAAAAAAAAAAUAACAAAAUUCAGAGAAAAGAAAAAAUAAAACACAUUUACUAACAAUAUUAUAAGAAAAACACAAAAAAUAGUAUAUGAAAACUUGCUGAUAAACGUUAUACGCAGUUCUCGAAAAGAUGUAUUCUAAAUAACAAAAACACAAAAAAAAAUAAAAAUGCAAGUGAAAUGAAAAAUGUGUUGAAACGUUAUACGAAUCUUCACGAAGUGCCCAAAGAAUAUAAAGAAUAAAAGAAACGUUUUACGCCUGAGCCGAUUUA